AUGGCUAGCGAUAAUGAAUUCGAACAGCCAACUACAGAGUUAACAGCGGGUUUACAACAAUUAUUUGUCGAACCAGAUGAACCUGAUGAAGCGGAGAAUCGCCUUCAAGAGUUAAAAUAUCAAAAAGCAAGAGCAAAGACAGCUUUUACAAAGGCAAGAAAUCAAUUACUGAACUUGCUCGACGAAGAAGAGUGCCCAAAUCGAAAGCAGAUUCGGGAAAUACGACGAAAGUUAAACGAGAAACAGGAGCAAGCUUUUGCAGCAAUUGACGCAUUAGCAUGCGAGUAUUCGAGCAGAACGGACAGAAGCGCUUUAAGAAAAACUACAGAAGAGAUAGAAAAACUUGAAAUGGAAUUUACAGAUGCACAGAAUCGCGUUCAAGUUUACUUUGAUAAUACCUUGGAUGAUUCAUCGAGUUGUAUAUCACAGAGCAGUACGAGAGAAUUCGAGAAAAAUCAAGUCGAGUUCAAAACCGAGUCAAGCAAUGCCCGUGGAGGCCAAUUAGUAGAUGAGCAACAAAAGACUAUGUUACACCAAGAACCAGUUCGUUUCGUUAAACAAUUUCAAAGCACACCGUAUCAGAAAUCGACAACAAAAGUUGAACAGAACACGAUUGGCAACGAUUUGUGGAGACAAUUAAAACGAGUAUCUAUACCAGUAUUUUCAGGCGACAAACGUAACUACGAGAACUGGAAAGCGACUUUCAUAGCGUGCAUCGAUCAAGCCCCAGCAAGCCCAGAGUAUAAACUCUUACAACUUCGACAGUAUUUAUCUGGGGAAGCAUUAAAAACAGUUGAGAAAUUGGGGCAUUCUGCAAUCGCUUAUGAAGCUGCCAAAGAAAGAUUGGACAGAAAGUACGGCGGUACGCGGCGACAAGUUGCUCUUUACUUAGAAGAGCUCGAAAAUUUUAAAGCCAUUCGUCCAGGGAAUUCAAAAGACUUGGAGGAAUUUGUCGAUAUUUUGGAUGUAGCUGUUAUUAACCUACAAGAAAACGGUAGACAUGAGGAACUUGGAAACGGGUCCUUAUAUUUGAAGCUACAGAAAAAGUUGACGGAGCCAAUGAUUUGUGAAUAUCACCGGUGGAUAUUCGAGAAGAAAAAAGCGGAAUCUGUACUGUCACUUCGCGACUGGGUAAUUCAAGAGUCUGAAUUUCAGACAAUAGCGGCAGAAACUGUCAAAGGUUUACAUCCGGGAAACGAGAAAAGAUCAAAGUUUAGAGACGGUGGCCGAACAUACUUUAAUAGAGACGGUGUAUCCAAAUGCAAUUUGUGUAAUAAUCAACACCCUAUCUGGAGAUGCAAUCAGUUCAAGCAAAUGACGGUCUCAGAAAGAUGGAAUUUUGCCAAACAAUCGCGUCUUUGUUAUCGAUGCUUGAGCGAAGGUCAUACUGGCAGUAAAUGUACGAAAAGUAGAUGUUGCGGUGUCGAUGGUUGUACAAAAACUCAUAACAGAUUGUUACAUGGAUAUCCUCGAACUGAAAGGAAAGAAAUGGAGAGCAAUCAACGCGAAAAUUGCGAAAGAUUACCAAGAAAUGGGAGAUCUAUUUCUCAAGCCACUCAAACUCUUCCUACCACGGAAGGGGAGCAUUCUACAGAGGUUAAUGAGAGAUCCCUUACUACGCGAGUCGAUUCGAAGAUAUCACAACGACAAGAGUUCCUUGCAAUGCGGACAGUUUCAGUUAUACUAACAAAUGGGAAUCGUAGAAUGACAGUGAAUGCUUUAUUAGAUGAUGCUAGUACGAAGACGUAUAUAAAUGCUGAUGUAGCCGCUGAGUUAGGACUUCACGGAAAUCUUCAGAGGACCAACGUGAAUGUCUUGAAUGGUCAAAUAGAAACAUUUCUGACGAUGCCUGUUGAGUUCAAAUUGGAAAGUCUGGAUGGAAAAGUCAACACUACUAUGGAAGCUUACACAACCGAAAAAGUAACUGGUGACAUGAAGGUUGUAAAUUGGAAUCAGUAUGCGACAAAGUGGAGUCAUUUUAAGGAUAUUGAGUUUCCAGUUAGUGCAUCGAAGCCUUUUGUGGAUAUUCUCAUCGGUCUUGAUUACGCAGACCUGCCAAUUGCCAGGCUUACACCACUUGGAUGGACAUGCAUUGGAGUCCCACAAGAUGAUCAGUUAUGUCAGCUAACUAA